AGCUAGUUAUAGUGACAUAUUACCUACUAACACAGUGAAAAUUACUCAUCAAAAUGGAAAACUGGGUUUGAGGCAAUGUUGAGAUCUUUUCUGAAAUGCUAAAAAAGACAGGAUUUUACUCUGUGGAUUUAAUUUUUUUUUUUCCUGUGGGGAGGGCUGUUUGACCUUGCAUAAUGUGUUUAAGGCUGAGUGCACAACACAGAGAAAAGGGUGGGGAUGCAUUGUGGCAUGAUAGCAAUGACAGCACUGAAUAGCAUUGAAUAAGAGACCUGGAUGCACUUGUGGAGCACAAGAGAGUUGGUAGAAACAUUCAAGCAGAGCAGAAGAUAGAAGAAAAAGACAGGAUUGAAACAAAGUUUUUAGAAAAAGUUUAAAACACUUCUUCACCAUAAUGGAAAUCCCUGCCAUGGCUUCAAAGAAACUGCCUUGUCGGCCAGAGAUGUUUGAUUUUGAGGGUAUUUCUAUGACUCAUUUUUUCACUGACAACUGGGAAAAAGUGAAAAAUUUUCAAGCAAGACCUGAUGACAUACUAAUCGCCACAUAUCCCAAAGCAGGUACCACAUGGGUUUCUUAUAUACUGGACCUUUUGUAUUUCGGAAAUGAUGUUCCAGAGUGUCAGACUUCCCAGCCUAUCUAUGUGAGAAUUCCAUUCCUAGAGUCAUGCUUUCAAGAGUUUUCAACAGUUGCAGGAACAGAAAUGGCAGAUAAUCUGACAACCUCCCCUCGUCUCAUCAAAACUCAUUUACCUGUUCAGCUAGUACCCAAGUCCUUCUGGGAGCAGAACUCAAGGAUUGUGUAUGUAGCACGUAAUGCAAAAGACAAUGCCGUUUCCUAUUUUCAUUUUGAUCGAAUGAACAUGGUACAGCCUGAACCAGGGGACUGGAACCACUUCACAGAGAAGUUUAUGAAAGGAAAAAAUGUGUUUGGUCCUUGGUACGACCAUGUCAGUGGAUGGUGGGAGAAAAAACAGACAUAUUCUAACCUACUGUACUUGUUCUAUGAGGAUUUGGUUGAAGACACUGGUCGUGAGGUGGAACGUUUGUGCUCUUUCUUGGGUUUGUCCACUUCAGCUGAAGAGAGGGAAAAAAUAACAAAAGGGGUUCAGUUUGACGCCAUGAAACAGAACAAGAUGAUCAACCAUGUCACAAUCCCUUUCAUGGACUUCAAGAUCUCACCCUUCAUGCGAAAAGGUAAAGUUGGAGACUGGAAAGGUCACUUCACUGUGGCACAAAAUGAACAGUUUGAUGAGGUCUACAAACAGAAGAUGAAGAAUACCACUCUCAAGUUUCGCACUGAGAUUUAAUAUUUAAGUUCUAGAUCUUUUCAAUUGUUAGUGAUAUUGAUUAUUAGAAAUAGAUUAUAAUAAUUCAAUAGACAAUAAUUCAGGCUAGGAAUUUGACUCUAUCCCAGGCCAUCUCUGCUGCUGCCAUCACUGCCAACAUAACCCUCAACAUAGAGUGAUUGUGUUGAUUUCUGCUACAUGCUUUUAGAAAAGCAUUGGAGCAGUAUUAGGAUAUUAUUAUCUAGCCAAGAGAGUAAUAUCCUACUAUGGUCUAGUUAUGUUCUCACCAAACAUUUGCUGAAUGAGUGUUGGUCUUUAUUGAGUUUUUAUUGCUCAUAAUUAAUUAUAAAUAUUUACAUAAUUUAUACAAUUAAAAUAAUAUUUAUACAAUUUAAUUUUUCUUAACCCUGUUGAUUAGACGAAAAAAGCCUGUUUUAUUAUUAUUAAUUAUAAUAAUUAUUUUAUUCACUGAAAUAUGUUCAUCCAAAAUCCAGAUACCUUUGGGUAAAAUUGGGCACUCUGGAGGCCUCAAGGGGCAGAGUACGGGGACGGAUGGCCUCCAGGGCGGAUCCUGGGACUUGGGAGGCCAUGGCGGAGCAGGAAGCUGUAUAAGUUGUAAUCUCACAUUACUAGAACAGAUAUGAAUUCUCUUCAGUUCCUCUUCCCAAAUCUCCUUCGAGAUACUGACUUUAAUGUCAUUUUCUGAUGUCAUGCUACUUUAAGUUGAUCAGAAGACACUGCAAAACAAACCAUGUCACCAAAUGCUUGGCCAUAGGUGGUUGACUUAAAGAGUUAUACAUACAAUGAUCUUGAGGUAAAUCCUGAAAUUCAGGUAAAGAAUGUUUUUUUUGUUGUUGUUGUAAUUUUUGUAAAGACGAGACUGGGAAAGGUCUUUUGCAAGUGGUAAAAAGUGGCAAAUUUACCAUCUGUAUAAGAAUCCUUUACAAUGGUCAGCCCUUUGCAUCUCCACAGUGAAAAUACCUUAUCUGACUGGCCAGACAGAAAUUUAUGAUUGUCAGAAAAGUGGGCAGGUGCACUGAAGGACAUGCAAUAUUCUUAGCAGUCCUCAUUUGAUUUAAAAUUCGAAUGGAGCUGAGCACAACAAAAUUCUUGCACUUUCUUAAGGAUGCAGAAUUAGAAAAAAAAAAAAAAACAGCUGCAAGGGAACCAUACUGAUAGCUAACUAAGCUUCCAAGUACAGCCACUUAGGAGACAUGCUAGUCCCAUUAUUUGCAACUUGAUUGCUGCUCUGCCACAACAUCAUAGCCCUGGCAUUAGCAGCUCAGUAAUAAUAUAGAAAAACUGGUAGUGCUAGACCAGCCAUGUCCUUAGGCUUUAGAAAUUCUAUGUGCUCUAUAUAUUCCCUAUUAAAUAGCAAAAUAACAGAAUGUAGCUGUUUAAAAAAGAAUGAAGCAAGUAUAUUGGCAGGUUCUGAAAAAGAUAGACAAAACGAGGCAGAGAGACCAUUUUAUUUUUUUAUUUAAAUUUCUCUCCUUGAGGAAUGACCUGCCCAACUCAAUCCAAGCAGCUGAGUCCUUAGCCAUCUUCAAGAAUCGGCUAAAAACACAUCUCUUCCAUCUUUAUUUGACCCUCUAAUUCUAGCACUCUCUAUUUCUAAUUCUAUUCUUAAAAAAAGAAAAGAAAAAAAAAACACGUGCACCUUUUAGACAUGCACUCUGUUCAUUUACUAACUGCUUGUUUUCUUUAAAAAAUAAAAAAAUAAAAUAAAAAACCUAACACUAGCUUCUCUAUUCUUUUUGUAUUCUAUCUAUUUCUUUUCUUCUUAUUUAUUAUACAAUUAACAAAAGUGUACUGUGUUAAGCUAACUGAAACUUGUUAUAGCACUUGCGUAUCAUUGCUCUUUUGUUGAUUUUGAUUGCUUCCAUUUUCCUAAUUUGUAAGUCGCAUUGGAUAAAAACGUCUGCUAAAUGACUAAAUGUAAAUGUAAGAACUUGUCAAUGGCUUCAGUGAAAAUAAAAUCCUCCGUGAUUAUGAACAAUAAUGAACUUACUGAGUAUACAGUCCUCCACCUAAGGGCAUGAAUGCACUCUUCUCCUAGUUCACAGAAUAGCCAGAGAAAGAGCCAAAAACCUCAAGUGAUUUCAUUAAAGGCAGCAAGGCAUAGGAGGAUCACAUAUACAGAAGUACAGAAGUAAAUUGUCUGUGUAUAAAAGUAGCCUGUACACAACUAAAAUCUGGAUGAUUGCGAAGGGGGUUUAUCAGGAUGAUUGCAAAUGCAGUUUUAAAGCUAAAUCAAAUAACAAUGGGCUUAAACAACAGCCCUUCCAUGUACCAUGUUGAAGAGGGAAUAAAGCAGACCGAUCUGAAUGAAUAAGUAUUGCAAACUAGGAGAAGAAUAUAAAGCAUUUUUAUCAGUAGUUUAAAUUUGUCACCAAAGCCAAAUCGAUCCAACAUAGAAAACAUGUUCAACCAUUCGGUUCAAUCAAAGGCCUUUUUUGGGAUCUAACAAGAACAUCUGCCUUGAGCCCAUUGGGGCCUGUGGCUUUCCUGUUAGGGAAAGAAUUAAUUGCCUCUAAAAUUUCACUGAGAGUGAACUGCUGCUCCAGCUCAUCUCUGAGACAGUCAUUGGUUUUGUAAAGUCCACAAUAUCAAGAAACUGCCUGCCUGUGAUGUUCAACUCAGGACGAUGUACUGUGUGUAUAUAUAUGUAAUACACUCGAUUCAUUUCUCUUUCAUGAGUUAAUGCAUAGGUUUACAUAAAGCUGAACACAUUCACAAACUUUAUUUCAGAAAAUUGGUUUUGAAAUACUUGUCAUCUUUUUGCUAAUUAUUUUAGAUAUGUUAAUUUGUCUUUUGGGAAGUAUUUGGAUUUAUCCAUUAAAAGUUUAUUUGUCACAAGACAAACAGAAUUCUCUGUUAUGACAUCAGAAAAAUAGGGUUAAUAUCUAAUGACAAGGGGUGCGUUUCACAAGUUCUGUCAUUAUCAAUAGUUCAACAGAACUAACGACCAUAGUUAGCUAAUGAUGUUUUUGGGAAAUGCACCCCAGAAUGUUAUAUCAAUUUGAGUAUUUCAAAAAUUCAUUAAAAAUACACAAAAUGAAAUUUCCUAAAUCCAAGCUGGUUAGAUGUGAGUCAGGAUGAGAAUAUAGCCUAUUGCAGGAACUUUAACAACACCUGUUUCUAUGAAAUAAUAGAAAAAAAUAAAAUAAAAUUAUAUGUAUGUGUAUAAUCUAAUUCACACUAUUACAUUCUAUGUUUUAAUGCUACACAUAUGAAUCCUUGAAUGAUUUUUGUUGGUCAUUGUCAUACACUUUUAUGAAUGUCAAAUGAAUGUCUAGUAUCAAAUCAACUUUACAACAGUAUAAUAUUGCAUUAAAGUUUAACAAUAUCUAAAAAACAA